AUGGAGCACAGCUGCUCAAACAUGUUGAGUCUUCUUAUCGCUGCACUUUUAUUUGCAGAAAACCUUAAAGAUGUCAACUCCAGUCCUGUUCGUGAAGCUAGCAAAGUACCUCAAGAGGACUGGCUCAUCACAGCAUUGGAUUAUAUGGAGUCUUACCCAGAGACAUUACAAGAGCUGCUGUCCAAGAGCUCUGCAGUGUUGGAGGGCGACAUAAUGUUGUUGUCUGAGAGGAAUGCUGUGGAAAAUACGUGGCCAACACAGAAGAUACCAUACCUUAUCAGCCCGGAGUUAGCCAGUCGGACAGAGGACAUCCUCUCUGCUAUCAACAUGAUUACUGAGCGCACAUGUCUGACCUUUCACAUAAGAACCACUGAGACUAACCACCUGCUCUUCAAGAUCGGCAAAGGAUGUGCUUCAUAUGUGGGCAUCAUUGGCGGUGAGCAGCCUGUGUUUGUCGCUCCUCAGUGUAUCAUUGGUAACAUCGUCCACGAGAUUCUUCACGCGUUGGGUUUCCACCAUGAACACACGAGGACAGACCGUGAACAGUACAUCACCAUUUUGCCUCAUAAUAUCAUGGAAGGUAUGCAGAGGAACUUCAAUAUGCAACAAGGAAACACUUUUAAUCUUCCUUAUGACAUCACUUCCAUCCUGCACUACGGAGGAGGUUUUUUUUCAGCAAAUGGUCUGGCUACCAUCGUUCCAGUAAAAUAUAUGAAGAAUAUGGGACAGAGAGUUCAAAUGACAAAGCUGGACAUCCAGAAAGUUCGUCACCUCUACAAAUGUGAUGCAACAGUAACACAGGAAAGUGGUGAAGUAGACAAAGCAGGCAGUGGGUCAAAUGCUGAGGAGGAGAUUCCCAACUCCAAUAAUACCAGCCAGACCACAGCGCCCCUGCAGCCACUGGACACUACCACUGGAGGGUGCAAUGUUAGUCAGACAAGUUUAAAAUGA